GUGGACCGACGCACGCGCCCGGCCCGGAACACUGCCCAUCGUGCUUUCUAGCGUUCCAAUUUCAAAUUAAACAACUGCGACUUGAAUUAAAAACAAAACGAAAAAAAGAAAAAAGUGUUUAUGAACACAAUAAGCUGCCAGUGUCACUGUCUGGUCGUCAAAUUCGUAAUUUGAAUAGGAAGUGACCGUGUGAGAUGAAAGUGAAAUAGGAAUUUAAUGUGGCCAGUUUUGUUGUCUGUGAACGUAACCGAAGUAGACGCUCUAAACACCAGUGAAGGGGGAUUAUUGUGAAAAGAACAUUCCGGAUUUUCAAAAUGCCUGCAAGAAAGUACCCUUCUGUAUUGCGCGGGCGCAGCCGGCAGCAGCAUGGGGCAGGAGCAGUCGUACGCGCACGCUAGCGGCACGCGGCGCCGCUACACUGACGCCGACGACUACCGGCACGGCCCUGACUACCGCGACUACUACGACUCCGACUACAAGCGACACCGCGCGCGACGCUCCGCUGACAGCUUCAAGAGCGACCUGUCGUCGGCCGAGAGCAGCGGAUAUAGAAGCGGGUCUAACAGCGCCUAUGAGUACCGGAGCGCCUCCGAGCGGUCCCACAGUAGCGAUUACUGUCGCCUUUCGCUCUACAAAAACGAUCACUACAAAGACGUCAAUAAAGAACUCUACAGACCAGUGAAGAUACCUAAAGAGAAACGAUAUAAGCUCGCUCUAGACAUCGAGAAAGGAGAGUCCAUUAAAAGCAACAGAAGCAAGCAGAGCUAUCUCAGCGACACAGAGAGGGGGUUGAAAACCAAUUCGGCUCCGACGAAGAAGGUCGGAAUCCGGAAUUACACUCCGAAGAUUCUGACGGAGGAGGACCAGAAUAAUAAGAAGCUGGACAGUUGGAUGUAG